UUAUAAAUACCAGAGCAGAGCUGGGGUCCCAGAGAGGCAGAGAGGAAGGCACCCAGGAGACCUCGGGCCAGCACUGCCUGCGCACCGGGAAGAUGAAGACCUCCGUGAUGGUCCUCUCCUUCCUCCUCAUCCUUGCUGCCCACGCCGCUGCUGGUGACUUGACCAAGCUUCCUCGCAGGUGGUCAGACCUGCUGUCGACACAGGAUAAUCAUCGUUAUCACAUACAGUCUCACGGACAAGGCUUUCACCAUCCCACUGACUGCUGCAUCUCUUACACCUCACGAAAUAUCCGAUGUGUGUUCAUGGAAGAUUACUCAAUAACGACCAGUGGGUGCUCCCGGCCUGGUGUCAUCUUCAAAACCAAGAAAGGGCAGCGUGUCUGUGCCGACCCCAGUAAGGAGGAUGUUUGGAAAUGCAUGGUGAGGCUGAAGCCGGACUCUGUGAUAUAGAACCUGGAAAGACUACUGCUUGAGAAGGAGCCAGCCACCUCACCUCCAUCUCUCUUGCCUCGACCACCUCCUAGAAAUUUCCUGGCCUGAAUUAUUUUUAAAAAGCACCCAUUACUGUUCUGUUCUGGUUACAUAAGUAAUACAUUAAUAAAGAGUAUCCAAUUUAACUUUACUUCAA